AUGUCUGUACACAGUUCUCUCGUCGACAACGUACCUUUGCAUCCUAAAUCAUCAUACCAAAAUGCGUACGGUGCUCCGUGGGACGCAAAUAUGCCAAGCUUCUCCAUCUUCGUACAGCCUCCCGGUGGGGUCCUUUGCGCGAAGUAUAAGAGUGCCCUCGGCCCAAACAACAAGGCUGAGACUAGUUAUACCACGGCGUAUGCGCUCUUUGAGGCAUUGUGGGAGGCUGGCAUCACCGCAUGUUUCGUCAAUGUCGGCUCAGAUCACCCGUCCAUCAUUGAAGCCAUCAUCAAAGGCAAGAGAGAGCGGCCAGAUCGAUGGCCUCGAUUCAUAACAUGUCCCUCCGAAAUAACGGCCAUAUCCAUGGCGGACGGCUAUUCUAGGGUCUCUGGCCGACCACAAGCUGUCAUUGUACACGUCGACGUCGGUACGCAAGCGCUUGGCCAAGGCCUUCAUAACGCGAGUGUUGGACGUGCGCCUGUCUUCAUCUUCGCGGGACUGUGUCCUUACACCGAGGCUGGCGAGAUGACCGGAUCUCGAACCGAAUACAUGCACUGGCUACAAGAAGCACCAGAUCAGAAAGCCAUCGUUCGUCAAUACUGCAGAUACACUGGGGAGAUUCGAAGCGGGCUCAACGCCAAGCAGACCAUCUCUCGUGCCCUACAGUUUGCAAGUAGUGCGCCGAAAGGCCCUGUAUAUCUGGCUAGCGCACGAGAGACUCUGGCCGAAGAGAUUGAGCCAUACUCGCUCGAUCAGCAGCAAUGGCAGCCAAUAGGCCCAAGUGCUUUACCAGCUGAGGCUGUGAAUGAGGUUGCUGAAGCAUUGGUGAGAUCUGAAAGACCUCUCGUCAUCACAGGAUAUUCGGGACGAGACCGUCGCUGCCCCGAGCUGCUUGUCGCAUUGGCUGAGCUUGUGCCUGGCUUACGCGUCCACGACACCGGUGGAAGUGACCUAUGCUUCCCUUUCUCACACCCGGCUUCACAAGGUUUUCGCCUUAGCACCGACGAUUGCACUCGAGAUGCUGACAUGAUUCUGCUGCUCGAUUGCGAUGUACCCUGGAUCCCUUCGAAGAACCCACCGCCUAAGGAAACUCGAAUCUAUCACGUCGAUAUCGACCCUUUGAACCAGCGAAUCCCAGUUUCUUUCUUUCCCGCACAUGGUCGCUGGACAGCUGACUGCUACACAGCCUUGGAACAGCUUGUCACCCAUAUUUCGACGUCUCCUCUCCUCGAGAUUGUACAGGGAGCGUCAUACCAAAAUCGUAAGAAAGCUCUGGUGGAAGUACACGAAGAGCGACUCCGUAAUAUCGCUACUCGUUGUCGAUUGGGCGAUGAUGAGUCGCUAGAUGCCAGCAAUAUCGGUUACCUUCUUAAACACAUCCUUCCGGAGUCAACUGUGUUCGUCAUAGAGGCAGUAACUUGCGCUCAGCUCCUCUCCGACCAAUUGCAGCUUGACCGGCCUGGUAGCUGGAUCAACUGCGGCGCAACCGGGAUUGGGUGGAGCAAUGGCGCGGCCUUAGGCGUCAAAAUGGCAUUGGACGACACGCUUUCCAAUAACCCCGGGAAGGAAACAUCCCCCCCACCAGGUCUUGUUUGUCAAGUCGUGGGCGAUGGAAGCUUCAUGUGUGCAGCGCCUUCAAGUGCGUUGUGGGUUGCCCGCAAGUAUAAUAUCCCGAUCCUCACAGUGGUGCUCAACAACGGCGGCUUUAAAGCUCCUCGAAACUCCACCGAGCUGGUGUACCCCAAUGGUAUGAAUAAAAAGGCUACUGAUGACGAGAUGAAUAUAUCCUUUCGGCCAUCUCCGAAUUAUGCAGCUCUUGCAGAAGCGGCUUCAGGGAGCAUUUCAAAGGCCAUUGAGAAGGACGCUGAUCAAUGGAUGAGUGGAGUCCAAGUAGACUCCGUGAGCACGCUGAAGACAGAACUCAGCAGGGCCUCAAACCGGAUUCAGGCAAUGGGGAAGGGCAUGUUCAUCGAGGCGCUGAUACCGUGAGACUUAGCUGGGCGUCAUCCAGCGGGCCAUUCCUCCCGCUCCCUGACGUGUCCCUCUCACUAGAGGUUUUAGAAGGGCAAAUAAAAACGAGUGACCGAGAAAAGUUACCAGGUACAUAAUGAUUCUGCAAUGAUAACGUUCGGGGCCUUGACUGGAGCGCCACAGAACUGGAGGACAUCCAGCUGCCCCACGUCUUGUCCUCGUUUCCAGCUGUGCAGCGU